AUGUUGCUACCAUGGGAUGAAGAGGCACUUCCCAGAUGGACCACGAGUCCGGCGGCGGAUGAUCAUUCAUUACGGUACACAAUUUAUUGAGAAUACAGCACUAUGAAUUUGUGUAUCUUGUUCCUUGUUGAUGGUAACUGAUGGAGUUUCCGUCUAAACUUCAGGCAGUGGUGUUUUGGCGUUAGACGAGUAGAGUUGCUCCGACAAGAACAGAACUUCUUCUGCAUCCUUGUGCGGCUGCAACGCAAUGCACGUUUCCCGCUCGUCGUCCUUAUGAAGAAAAUAUGUUCAAUAGGUGGUACAACCUAGUGGCGGCCGAUGACGAUCAUACUUGUGGAUCAUCCCUGCUGUCUUGUACAAGGAACAACAUCAACAACGGGCGCCGCGAAGAUGAUCCGUGCUUUGUUUCACAUGAUUCCGAUGAGUGCGACAACCAUGAUCAUGAGGAAGCCGAUUCAUUAUUUUCACGUGUUUGCGAGGACCGUGCGUCGUUUUUCCGACUUUUUUGCGAUUUUGAAACUCGAAUUUCUUCAAACGCACCUGAUCAACAAGGCCGAUGCGGCCACCGCGCUAGCGUUGUCCAGCUAAGCAACACCGCUCCGGAAGUUGUACUAAAAAAGCGAGACUACAUUUCUAAAUUUUGUUUCGACACCCUGCCUUACCCUUUAUUUUCGUCCUUUCUUCUACCCAGGAUUAUUAUGGGCGAAGCCCAGAGCAAAGCCCGACCGCGCCCGGACGAGGAGUCUAGGCGUACACGGGAUGGUAUCACAGGAAAAAGUGUUAACUUUAACGGAAUUUGUGAUGCAGAAAUGCAUCACAAGACUGACGUGCCAGAAUUUGUCAUGCAUAUCAUGCAUAUUGGGCUACAUUUGUGAUGCAUGACUGUAAUCGUUAACCUUAGCGCUUUUCCUUGUGAUAGAUGGAAAGAAAAAGAGAAAGAGACGACCAGGCGACCCGCCAAAGAAGAAGAAAAAGAAGCCAGCCUACAGUGUGGAGGAAAUAGAGGAAAAGAUAGACGAAGGUAUGACUCACGAAGAUGCCCGAAAUUUCAAUUUCUUUAUCGGAACUACUUGCAUGACAGAUGAUUGCUCAAUUGUGUUUUCUGCAUGAGAAACCUCCACCAAUCGAACUUUAAACCAGGGUGCCUCCAAAUCUCGGACUCCGAAGUCUUCCGCGAACUCAUUAGCCAGCUUUCGCAGGAACAACAGGGUGAGUUCUUAGACCUCUUGCUCAUCCAGCAAGAGGAGCUAAUUCUCCAAUACCGGUCUGGCGCAUCGGUGUUACAGCCCACCAUUUCCCCAAAAUCCGCGCAAGCCUACGCGGACAGAAAGAAGGCGGGGGAGAUAGACCCGAAGACUAUAUCAACUGCAAAUGUAUCUGGGUCUGGCUGUGGGAGAUUGCGAGAUUUGUCAUGCUAGUCUGGCAUGACACUGAGCUCUGUAUUGCGUGGCCGCGAAGACCUCCUCUUCUUGCCUGUCAUGCAAAAACGCAGCUUCUCAUGCGGAGUACGCAACUCAGAACCACGGCAAAACUUUUCAUGCUGGGCAGCGCAUUACAGUGCUUUCACUAUUCCCUCCCUUGCAUCACAAGUUUCCAGACCCAGACAUAUUUGCAAUGCAUAGACAACCGUCUUGGACGAUUUAAAGAACUUACUGGCGGAGAACAAGAGCAAGAGCGAGCAGGAAAAGAUGGAAAGCAGCACAGUUGGUGGAGGAGGAGGGAGGUAAAAAAUAUUUAUACGAUAUUUUGCUACAGGUGCCGAUGGUUUGUUCAUGAUCAUAUCCUCAAACGUGCAUGAAGUUGCCGAUUUUCAUACGGAUAGUAGCAAGAAAAAUGUUGAUGCGUAAUUUGAUUUGCAUUGUUUAUUCAGAGUUCGAGUAAGGCAAAAUCUUAAAAUGCAUAUGCAUACGGAACUACACCUACUGUGCCUUGUUUUUUCCACACCUUGCUUUUCUAAUAACAGCACCUGCUCACCCGGAGAUGAAGACCAGUCGGUGCAAGAUUUCUGUGGCGGGAACGGUUCGGGUGGAGAAAGCAAGCGGGAGCUGACAAGGGAAGAAAGGGAGGCGAAAUUUAAAGAGGUCCUGGCUAACAUGAAGCUGAACGGAGCCGGGUAGCUGUCGAUGUUGUUUUGGCCGGUUUUUGUCUUGCAGUUCGCGCAUGACAGUGGACUCGACUUGCUUCAUCUUCAGCCAUGUUGCCGAUGCUCCUUGUAUGCCAGUAUAGCACAACUAGAUAUUACUAUUACAAACAAAAGUACGAUCAUGAAAACCAAAUUUAUUCCAAGUCCAAUCACAUACUAUUUACAGGUCCGAUUCCUCGUCCGAGUAUACGACUGACGAGGAAUAUAUCACAAGCAAAAGCGUUAACGUUAACGGUUUUCACAGAUUGCAGUCAAGCAUCACAAAUGUAGCCCAAUAUGCAUGCUAUGCAUUACAAAUUUUGGCAUGUUUGGUGAUGCACUGCUGCAUCACAAAUUCCGUUAACGUUAACACUUUUUGGUGUGAUAGAAUACGAGGCGGAUUUUGAGGGUAAAUCCCUGGAACGGGUGUCGCAAGAAGCAGAUUUUGCGUUGGCGGAGGCGAUGAAAAUGCUGGAUAUGGAUCCGGCCAUGAAAGCGUGACAGAGACGGGAAUUAAGUUCUUCGCACAAGUUCUCACGAACCAACUUGUCUUUCUCUUUGAGAAUAUCUGAGUGAGAACAACUUCCAUUUUGAUUUUGUUCAAGAACAUGUUACAACUUCCGAGAAUACAGAACAGAAUAGUACCUUAUCACACCGAAUAAACAACUUCAAGAACGAAGUUUGCAAAGAAGUAUUUGGGUGCUUCUUUUUGGAACUAAUUUUGGAAAAAGUACAGAAAGGAAUAACUUCACUUGGGGAGGUGGUGCCUCCUGCUUUGAU